AUGUCGCCGGCUAGAAUAGUCGCCCUCGCGUUCCUAACCGCCUGCGCUAACGCCGACACUCGGGCCGCACCCGAGAACAACUAUAAAAAUGACAAUGACAUUUUUUACAAGCUAAAAAGUGACGCUGUCACUGAUACCGCACCUCACAGUGAUACGAAUAAUUUCAGUUUUGGAAACAGUGCUUUGUUGGAUGAUGGUGUUAAAAACCGUGUGAACACGGAUGGUGGUUUGGAUUUGGAUGACGGGAUUAUUUACAGAUUGAGCGAUGAGGAGUACUACGAAAUGCCCCGACUUUUCCACCUGGACGAAUACGUGGGCUGUCUGGCGUUGCAAGGCUCCUACUGCCUUGGCAGCUUCGAGUUGUCACCCAAUGGAUAUAACCCUCUUUUCAACACUAUGCAGCGCUACUCAGCCAACUGGGUGGACAACUACAACCACACUCGGCUGCACCGCGGGCUCUGCCUGCAUCGCAGCUGCUCGCCCGCGCCGCCCGCGCCGCCCGCGCCGCCGGACAACCGCUCUACGUUGACUCAAGCACAGCUUGAAGCGUGGUUUACGUCAUGCGUGAACGCAACCACCAUGUCGGCAUACAACCUGUCAGCUCGCCUGUACCACCUGGACUACUGCAGGCGAGGUCCUGAACGCCCCGUGCCCCUCAACGCGAAUGAGAGAGGGUUCGCUGGUCUCCUGGCGGUGCUCUUUGGACUGGCCACUAUCAGCACCGUGCUGGAUUUGACCUUGGCUGAUCACGCCAAGAAGGGCUACGGCUGGGCUCUAUCCUGGUCAAUCCGCUCGUCCUGGCGCGCGCUCACGGCGCCGGCGCCGGCGACGCGGGGCGUGGACUUGCGCACGUUCGACGGCCUGCGGGUCUUCUGUAUGCUCUGCGUCAUCAUCGAGCAUGUGUGCUGGCUCGGCACGCUGUCCUACAUCGCUGAUACACGAUCUUACGAACAGAUGCGUCGAGCAGGCGACGUGAUCUUGAUGACGAACAGCACCCUGGUGGUGCAGAUCUUCUUCCUGAUGGCGAGCUUCCUCCACGCCCACAAGCUGCUAAAGCAGCGUCCACACGAGUCCGCUGUCAGCACCUUCUUCAGCACCAUGAUCAAUAGAAUUAUCCGGAUAAGCCCAAGCUACUUCGUAGUCGUCUGGUUCGCCUCGUCCUGGUGGGAGCGCCUGGGCGGGGGGCCACAGUGGCGCCCCCUGGUGUCUUCCGAGGCGGCCGUCUGCAGACACAAAUGGUGGACGCAUCUGCUGUACCUCAACAACGUGGUGUAUCCGGAUGAGAAGUGCUUGAUACAGACUUGGUACCUAGCAGCAGACAUGCAGCUGUACGCUGUGGCAUUGGCCCUGACUCUGGCUCUGCGCGGUCGUCGCUUCGCAGUGCCAGUUCUGGGCGUCCUGUUUGCAGCUCUAACGGUGAUCUGUUUAGUUCUGGCUUACGUCUGGCAUCUUGUGCCGACUUAUGUGGUGCACCGACCAGAAUCAGUACGUCUCGCGUACAACGGUGACACAUCAUUCAACGUGCUCUACCAGUCUCCCCUGGGCAACGCCACGGGCGCGCUGGCUGGUCUGCUGCUGGCACAUCUCCACCACGCCUUGACGAGGGCUUCAGUGCGCAUCACUGACAGCAAAAUAUUCCGCUGGGUAUCAAUAGCCGCAGCGCCGGCCGCGCUGUGGUGGGCGGCGCUGUCCCCGCUGACGCUGGGCGAGGGGCCGCCGAGCAGGGCCACCGCGGCGACGCUUGCGGCGCUGGAGCGCCCCGUGUUCACCGUGUUCGUUGCGCUCGCCUUGCUCGGUGCUAUCAACGGGCUCAAGUCGCCCUGGCGAACAUGGCUGUCUCACAGCGGCACGGUGCUGGCACGGUUGUCGUUCGGGGCACUCUUGCUGCACAUGCCACUCAACAAGUCCCUGCUAGCUGCCAGACUGGCGCCUGCGCAGCUCGACAGACAGAACGCCAUUUUCGAGUGGUUCGGCGUAGCAGUAGUGUCGUACGCGGCGGCGCUUCCGCUUGCCCUGCUGGUCGAGCUGCCAGCACAGAGGCUGUACAAGGAGCUGACUGCGCUGUGGAGCCGCCCCGCCGAAGAGCCCAACAACAACAAGCCAGCGUUGGACAAGACUGAUUUAUGCCCCACACAGUGCAAUGGCAACAAUAGCUGAUCGCCUUACCCUAAAUCCAUAGGACUAACCCCAGACUAAGGAUUAUUAUA